AUGCUCUUCGCCUCAGGAGUGUGCCAGGUGGAGAGUUUAUACAACUGCUUGGGGGGAGUUGUGGAGCUUCCCAAGAUCUGGCUCCCUCGGAUCCUGAGACAGACCUACAUCUGCAAGGUUGGGGCCACAGUGAACCUGCUAAUCCCGUUCCAGGGCAAGCCCAAGCCUCUAGCCAUCUGGACACGUGAUGGCUAUUCCUUGGAUGCCCGGCGUGUGAGUGUGCGGAAUGGGGAGAAGGACACUGUCCUCUUCAUCCGAGAAGCCCAACGUGCCGAUUCGGGCCGCUACCAGCUGAGUGUGCAGCUGGGCGGGCUGGAGGAUACGGCUACCAUUGACAUCCUGGUGAUCGAGAGACCAGGCCCUCCUCAGAGUAUCCAAUUGGUAGAUGUUUGGGGCUUCAGUGCUACCCUGGAGUGGACACCUCCCCAAGACACAGGCAACACAACACUCCUGGGAUACACGGUGCAGAAGGCGGACAAGAAAUCUGGGCUGUGGUUCACAGUGUUGGAGCAUUAUCACUGUACCAGGUACACUGUCUCCAACCUCAUCAUUGGCAACUCCUAUGCAUUUCGUGUCUUCGCUGAAAACCAAUGUGGGCUCAGUGAGACAGCCCCCAUCACUUCUGACCUUGCCCACAUCCAGAAAGCAGAGACUGUUUACAAGAUUGAGGGGUUUGCCCAGAGAGAUCUCUCCGAAGCCCCAAGGUUUACCCAGCCUCUGGCAGACUGCACGGCAGUGCCUGGCUAUGACACCCAGCUCUUCUGCUGUGUCCGUGCCUCUCCCAAGCCCAAGAUCAUCUGGCUGAAGAACAAAAUGGAAAUCCAAGGCAACCCCAAGUACAGAGCCCUCAUUCACCUGGGAAUCUGCUCCCUAGAAAUCCGCAAACCUGGUCCCUUUGAUGGAGGCAUCUACACCUGCAAAGCCAUUAAUGCCCUGGGGGAGGCAUCUGUGGACUGUAGGGUGGAUGUGAAAGGUAAAGAAUAG